AUGUUGGAUGAAAUUAUUGAAACUUCGAAUCAGAUGAGAAGGUUAGAGUUGGAGAAUUUGUCAAUGUUUGGAAGGAAAUCGUUUAGAGUUGUGCAUUUGGUGGUUUCGUGUCUAUAUUAUUUGUUUUUUAGAAAGUUCAGAUCAGAAAGUAUUGGAAAUGUUUUCAUGAUGUUGGAAAGUGUGGAUUUGAAUGGAGGAAAAAAUCCAAUAUCAUCUCCUCAUUGGUUAUCUUCAAUGAUUAAGGAAGGAUUGAGAUCAAUUGUUGUCUAUUAUUUGUAUGAUUUGAUUGAUUCAAGUUUGGAUUAUAUCUUUACAAUGGCCAAGGCAAAUUCAAGAACUGAAAGAGAAAGAGCAUUGGAGAAUUAUCCUCAUGUUGAUUCAGAUUAUUUGAAAAAUUCAUUUCAUGUAAGGAAUUUUGUUUCUGUAGAAAAGAUUGAGAGGGCAAAAGAAUUUCAACAAUUUAUAGAGGAAUUGAAAUUGAAUUUAGCAAAUAUUUUGACAAGUUUGGCUCUUUCAGUGCAAACAAAUGCAAAAUCAAAGAAAAAGAAGAAAAUUAACGAAUCAUUGGCAGUGCUUAUUGAAAAAUCAAAGAAAACUUUCAAGGAAUUGAUGAAUACAGAGGAUGCAGUAGCAACUUGGAUGUUCAAAUAUAAUUGUUUUGCUUUAUUGAAAGCGGAAUCAACUGAACAGGUAAAAACACUGAUUGAUGAAAUUGAACACUUGGCUGUUUCCAUCUCAACUCUCAAUAGAGAAUUGCUGAGUUUGUUCAAGCCAGCUCUGGAAGAUUUAGGAAGUGCUGUAAAGGAAAUUGUUGGUCAACCAACUAUUGUUAAACCUGUAGAAAAAGUUGAAAGGAAAAAAAGGAAAAAGAAGGAAAGAAAUUUAACCACAGCAACUAAUGGACUUGAAGAAACCGAAACAAGAAAGACAAAGAAGAAUAACCUGGAGAAACUUAUUGAAGAGUACGAACAAAAACUCAAAGAUUUGGAAAGUCAUUGUAUUUCCUUAAAUAACAAGAUCGAUUCACCACCAAAGACUGACUCACUUCUUAAUCCAUUCUACAGAAAGGAAAGUGGAUUAACUGACAAGUUGAGAAGCAUACAAUCCAAGCAUGACCAGUUAUAG